AUGGUCUCCACCGACGUGUCAAUGUAUUUUGGGUUCGCAGACAGGUUCGAGGACGUGUGCACGAGGUUCCUGGUGUGGUCGCGAAGAUACGUCAUUCUGGACUUGCGGUAUCUGUCGGUUUGCAUCCGUUUCUUCAAAACCACCAGCUGGGCACGCUCUAUAGGGUCGAUGGAGAAAGAUGGGGCCGGUUUUUUGAUCUGCUUCGAGGGAAGCACCGACGACGUGGAGAUCUUGCGUUUGGAAGGAACAGAGGCAGACGAAACGCGUGACGGCACCGUCAAUGUAGACUCGUCGGCCAAGUUCGUGGACUCUGCCUUGUGA